GUCACGUCACGAUUUAAACCAUUAUCAGCAAUAUAACAGAAAUGGACCGCUGUGCUAUUAUUUGUAAAAUGACAGCUUUUGUGUAACACAUUUUAUACCUCUUGGAUAUAUUUUAAUGGCUGUUUAUCAAUUCAUAUGGUGAAAUAUUUUGAAAAUGAUGCUGUUAUCCCAUGUUUGGAUUUUGUUCGAAAUGGAUUUAUAAAAUUAUGGAUGUAACUCUGCAACCCAAGGGUAUCAUAUGAAAAUGAUGGAUGUAACGCUCAAAUUGCUCUUCUAAAUGGGAUGUUUGGGAUAUUUGAUGAAAAGAUGUUAAAAUAAUCCACUUCAGUGUGCAAUGGAGCAAAAUCUGUAGCUGAAUGUUGUAUUAUUAUUAGUGCAUUGUAACCUGUAACGAAAUUCUUGUCAAUUAUACCAUGACAUUUCCCCCUGAAAGCAACUUAACAACAUAAUGUGCAAAAUUAGUGUGUUUCGUAUAUAGGCGUUAUUUGACAAUUAGAUCGGUACUUAAUGAUAAACUGUUAUGUGUGGAUAUUAAUCAGUAUUCUACAUAUAUAUACUGCGAGAAUUAUUUAUAAUUAUUCGUUUUAUAAAGCUGGCAGUCCUGGGUAUGAAGAUUGCCGAGUGAACAAACAGUUAUGCUUGAAAUAGUGGGAAUAUAAUGGAGUUCUUGUAUGUGAUGAAUCUGACAGUGUUUGUUAAGCUGAGUGAAUGAAGAUCAAACUACAAUAUUAUAUACCAGCAUAUAUAGGUUUCCCCGGACAAAAAAGUAUGUUUUAUUGGAAAAAAGACACAGUUUAUUGAUGUGUCAUUCAUAAUGAAGAUUAUAUCUGAAUAAAGUACGACGCUACAAGUUAGUUCUCAAGAAUCUUUAUACAGUUUGAAAAUCAAGUUUCUAUGAGAACAAGAUGGAUCCUUGCAUUGAGGUCGUGGAGAAGCUUUCACAGCGUGAAAAGAACUCCAUUCUUGCGGUCCUUCAAAGGGAUGAUAAAAUUCGGGUCACCCAGGAGCAGAAAAUCCGUCGCCUCAAGAGGGACAUCCAUGACAUCCGAAUGUGCAGCGUUCUCCGCGCUGGCGAUGAUCAGAACAAGAUGUGCCUUCGAUGUCGAUCAGAGCUUGGAUUUCUAUUUAACCGAGGGGCUCUGUGUCCAGCGUGCAAGUUCAAGGUCUGCAAAGCAUGCCAGGAAGUGAUGUUCAAUGGCUCAUGGCUUUGUCAACUGUGUUACAAGCAGAGGCAGCUGAAAUGGCUGACUGGCGAGUGGGCAGCAUCGUUUGAGCAGAACCCUCUGAGGAGAUGGGCUUCCGGAUCUGAUCUGAUCAAGCCCGGGCUUCAACUUAUCCCUGGGGCCCCUACCAUUGACAUAGAUGAGCCUCGUUCCAGUCAACAGAACAAUAACACAGACCGAAAGGCCAUCCGUAAUGGAGUCAGUCGAGCGGAACAAGAGAAGACGAGAGUGGAAGUUCCGAAAGAAGGGGAUCAGUUAAAGUUGACGGAAUUAUUUAAUGUUCUAAGAGUUAAAAAGCCAUCAGAAGAGGUCCCUCUACCUGAGACGCAAGUUCGAAAGGUAACCUCGAGACGAUAUAGUGAAUCUGAUAGUGAUUCUAGUUCUAACUCCGAUGUAGAGGUACGUAGCUCCUCCACUGGGUUUUCAAUGACAGAAUCUGAAUUUGAUACUAGAAGAAUUGAUUCCCCGAUUAUUGAGGAAACUGUGUCACCAAGGAGAAUGGAAUCACCACUGAAAUUACGGGAUUCUCCAACCGAUCUAGAAAGCACGCAUAGGUUUACAUCAGAACAUUCAGAGAGGCAUGAAUCUCAUCAAAAAUUUCAUUUGCAAUUUCAAAAUGAAUCUCAUCCUCAACAUACCGGUAGUGACACAAAUUAUGAAAUCCAUAGGCCUGUCCCAGCUCUUAGGUCACCUAAACCAUCUCCUAGGAGACUUCAGGUGGAUCAGUAUGAUACAUCUGCUCAUGGACAAUCUGCUGUAAGGUCUAAAUCUCCAAGAACUCAUGAGGUUAAAGUAGAACAGGAGAGAGAGGCUAUAGUGUCAAAAUCUGUUGAACCGGUUUGUAAAUCUGAUACAGAAAGCCUAAGAGAAGAAAAAGUGUCUGAAAAUUUAAGUGAACAUGUUGUUAAGACAAAAGAAUCUCUUGAUCAAAAGCGUCAGAUUGAAAAAUCUAAAAGCCCAUCUUUAGAAUACAUUAGGAUAAAUGAAAAUCAGAUGGUUGUUAGGCCAAAGACUAGAGAUAGAGCUAGAAAACCUGAUGAAAAUAUGAAACAAGUAAGAAGUGAUACAAAUACUCCGAGGGCUGAACAUUUCCGUAAGAGAAAUGAACCCAAGAGUGAUAGGGAUUUACAAAGACCAAUACCAAAAGCUGCUGCAAACAGAAAAUAUACCAUUCCUAAUGAUCAUUCCAAACCUGAUGAGACUCAUUCUAAUAACAUCUCCGAGAAUGAUAUGUUUAUUAGCCAAUCAAAACAUGGUGAAACUGAAAGUGAAAGUGCCCAAUCACUUGGCCAACUUGCAGUACCACGAACUGGGUCACCAUAUUCCAUCUCGAUGGAUUCAAUCCCGUCUUCACAUCCCUCCCCGACUCUUCAGCGAAUCAGCAUUAGCGAGAGUUUGCCAGAUUCCUCAGACAAUGAUUCCGUGUCGAAACAUAGUCUCCAGGAUAUUAAUGAACGUACUGGGGCCAAGGAAGGUGAUGAUUAUGUUGAAGAAGAAAUUUCCAAAGUUCGAUUUAGAAGAAUGUCAAAGACCUUGGAAAAGAUGGCUGUCAUCUCCAACAUGGCAAAGUCUCCAAAAACUGAAAUAGAGGGUGUAGAAAUUGAACAGAAGAGAACCCAGUCUAGAGGGGUCAAAAGGGGCCAAGAGGUUGCACAAGGGCAUGAGGAGGGAGGGGUCAAAGGCCCAGGGGUGGGGUUACAGGUGUCAGAGUCAGAAGGAUUUGAUUUGGCUCAUAUUGGAGAUGGUAGAAUCAGUUUAGAUGAUGAAUCUGUUUCAGAUGAAACAGAAGUGUUUGAAGAUAUUAUUAAAGUAGAUAAGGCUGAGUUGAAAGUAGCAAGUAAGGCAUCAGAAGACAUGUUGAAGAAAAUGCAAAAUUUGACAGCCAAGAAUCGUGCAAAAUCUAUUGAAGAAAUGACUUGGAUUGAUGAGUGCGAUGAUGACGAUGUGGAGAAAGAUGGUAAAACUCCACUGAAGAAAUUACCAAGACAUUUGACAAGCUCAGUGAUUGAAUCGGAGAGAAAACCGUCAGAGGCUGAUUCUAUAGAAGGUAUGAUAGAUGAUAUGGCACAAGCUCAAUUGAAUGUUGAAACAAUGGUGCAGGAUGACAAAGUUUCAGCUACUGAGUCAGAAUCUGGAAUGAGCAUGACACCAAUUUCACCCUUUCCUGAGGAUUUGUACUUCAAAAGGUCUGGUGAUUACAGACUUGCAUAUAUUUCUGAUGAUAAUCUAGAUGAUGAUACAAAUGAUGUUUUUGAGGUUCAAGAGAAAGAAAAAGCUCCCGAAAAAGUUGAAGUUGAUGAAAAAAUGUCUGCUGAAAAGAAGAAACUACAGAAGAUGGGCUCUCUUGACCUACUGUUACAAGAACAAGGUGACUUUGUAGAUGGAAGCGUGAACUUUGUUGAGCUUGAACAUGAGUAUCAAAGUGCCUUGAGAUACUCAGAAGGAGACAAUGAAGACAUUGGAGAAAAAGAAAAUGAUAAGAAAGAGACUGAGAACAAGCUUGCUAAUGUGAUUGAAUCAUCAGAGAUACAUACACAAAACAUAAUUCCAGAAAUGUUACUAACAUCAUCUAAAGCAACCCUUAUGCCCAUGUCCGCACCUUUGAAAGAAAAGCCAAAACUUGUUUCAAAGACUUCUCUUGAUGUUUUACUUGACAAACAAGGACAUUUCAUUAACCUGGAAAUGGACAAAGCAGACUUUGAUGCAGAACUUUUGAAAUCUUUGGAGAGACAAUUUGACGAGAACAUUCAAAGUCAACUUCACCAUGGACCAAAGAACCUUGAGUAUGCUUAUUUAGGUGUUGCUCCGUCAUUUGAUAUGACUGAUUCACAACACCAGGUAUCCCCUGUAAAUGAUGAUCUUGAUGAUUUUGACAAUAUUGUCGAAAAUGCAGAGACUUUGUUCAAAAGGGAAGAAACUGAUAAAAAUGGUAAAGAACAAGGAGACAACGUAAAUUUGAUUGUCCAGAGGUUAAAAAUCCCUGUUGCAGAAACCAGUUCAUCCGAUACCUCUGAUUCUGAUAUAUUGAGUGUAAUUGAAGAAGUCGAGGAUGAAACAAGUGACUAUCCUGAUGUUGAGAAUGGAAAACCUGUUGUGAAGAUUUCAAGCAGUAAUAGUUUAAGACGGGAUAAUCUGACUAAGAAAAUAGUAGCAAAACGUGAUGACCCUACUACUGACACUGCUCAGAAAAAUCAAGAAAUGAAACUAGAGGAUGAACCACCAAAAAAACCUCCAAGGCUUAAGGGAAAACUCUAUGAAAAGGUGAAAACUAUGGAAAGUUUAGUUACUGAGAGUAAAGGUGGGAGUCCAGCUGUGAUAAAGAAGAAGGAAGCUGACACUAAGACACAAGACAAAUAUAAGAAACUGCAUGACCAUUGGAUUGCAAUUGAAAAGAAUGAAGCAGACAUUCUUGAUCUUGAAGAUGAAGAGAAUGAAAUAAAUGGAGGUGUAAAAACUGCUGCAAAAAUACAAGACAUUCCAGAUGAGGUAAAUGAAGCCAUUCUUACACUAGAAAAACAUAUAGAUGAACAUGAUGAGGAGCUGCAGGUUGAAACUGUAGAAACUGUUCUUCAUAGUACUAUGAAUGAAUACAAAGACAACCUUGGUGUAAGUAUAAAUGAUAGCAAUGCACUGUGUAUGAGUAUUUCGGAUAUAAGCAGUCCUCCACCUGUAGAUGUUUCUGACGGGGACAUGGAAAGAAAUUCAAUGAAGAAUUUAGCAGCAGAUGCUGAAGAAGAAACUGAAAGUGAAAAGAUGGAAUCACAUGGGAUAAGACUAAGAGGUUUUUGUCACAGUCUAUCUGAUCUUGAAGAUGAAGACACAGGUGAUAGUAAAAUAAUCAGCAUAACUGAUUCUAAUGAUAUUUGCCAUAGUAUUUCAGACAUUGAUUACUAUAACAAAGAAUCACUUGGUAAUAUUGACAUAGAUAAUGAAAUAGACGUGGAUGAAUUGUUAGGGAGGCAUAAACCAGUGAUAAAGUGUUGCAGCAUAUCAGAAGGGCAGGCUGAUCUUGUUUACCAUGUUCCGGAAGAUACAGAAAUAUGCCAUAGUAUUGAUGAGGAGGUCAACAUUUAUAAAGUUGAAUCUGUACCUUUGAAUGAUGAAUUAGGUACACUGAUAAUAGGAAAUGCUAGCAACAUGGAAAGUAAGACUGAUGUUAAUCCGCAUCAACCUUUAAAAAGACUUUCAGGAGAAAAGGGAAAGAAAGUAAACCAGGUGGAAGCUAUUUUCAAAAGUCAUGUUGAUUUGCAAGUAGACACAAGCGGACAUGUUUCGCCUCCUAUUGUAGAUGAUACCCUGUUCUUUAAAGUCCCUGUACCGCCUGAAAGGCCAUCCCGAAGUAAAAAAACGGCCCCUCCCGCCCCUAAAAGCCCAGAAAUUCCUGCUGACACCCCUAAAGAAAACUCGGACUCGCCCAGAUCAGAGAAACUAGCAGCAUAUCGUGUAGAUUCUCCACAGGCCAUGUCCGAAACCGGUAGCCAAGACGACAGUGGACACGUUAGUGGUGGAUCAAGGGGAACAACUCCGGAACACAAACGGACAGACAGCAAUUACUCGCAAUCUUCAAUUCCUUCCACACUUUCUACGGUAACGGACGACGAUGAAGACAUUGAUUCACUGGUUGCUAAGGUGAAACAGAAACAAGUACUACAUGGUAGCCGUGGCAACCUACUUUCGGUGUUUGGUGACAGCAGAGAAAGCCUGGCCAGUUACUAUAGUGAUGCCGGUGACAUUGCCUAUAGCAACGUUCCAGUUACAGGGGAGAUUUUAUUGAGUAUCAAUUACAACCAUAAAACAGGGAUGCUGGAGGUUGGGAUCAAGAACUGCAGGGAUAUUGCAGUAGCAGAUUCAAGAAGGAAAAAGACCGAUCCUUAUGUAAAGACAUACCUCCUGCCUGACAGAACUAGGAAUGGCAAGAGGAAGACCAAAGUGAAGAAACACACAACCUGUCCACAGUUUGAUGAAACACUCCAGUACCAGUUAACCAGUAGCGAGCUUUCAAACCGAACCCUGUGGGUGACAGUCUGGCACAAUGACCGAUUUGGUCGAAACACGUUCCUCGGUGAAGUCACAAUCAACUUUGAAUACUACAAGUUUGAUGACCCCUUCCCAAGAUGGUAUCCCCUCCAGGAAAGGAUUGACAGCCAGCCUUCCUCGAUGAUGGUUUAUAAAGGAGAUCUGAGUAUCAGUGUCCGAUUUGUGCCUAAAGAUAAACCGUCUACAUCUACAGGGAGGUCUUCCAAAGAGAGUGGUAAGGGUCGCCUGGAAGUCCUCAUCAAGGAGGCACGUAACCUGACUGGCGUCAAGUACAACGGAUUCUCUGACCCAUUUUGUAAAGGAUACUUGUUACCAGAAAAAAAUAGAGGCAGCAAACAGAAGACGUCGGUGAUCCGUAAAGAAUGUAAUCCAUUCUGGAAUCAUACAUUCACUUUUGAUGACAUCUCAUUAAUGGAGCUACGGGAGCGCAGUCUAGAAUUAACCAUUUGGGACCACGAGAAGCUCUCGAGUAACGAUUUUCUGGGUGGGGCUCGGUUAAAUCUUGGAUCAGGCAUGAGUCAAGGCAAGCCAGUAGAUUGGAUGGAUGCGAGGGGUGAAGAGAUGUCAAUAUGGCAGGCGAUGCUGGACAGACCCAAUCUUUGGAUAGACGGGGCUCUUAUACUCCGUCCGAACAUGGAUAAACGCAAAUUCUAAAUGGGGAAUAAAUUUCCAAUUUGUCAUUCCACAGUGGGGUGAUUGUUUAUUUAUUCCAUUUAAAUGUGGAUUAUUGCAAAUACCAAAUUGGGAGUGAAUACCAUAUGUUGUACUGGUUAUUCUAAAUCUGAAUAUAAACAACGUUGAUGAUUAUGAAAAUUACCUUAUUGGUGCUGGAAAAACUACAAAACUUUGAAUUCAAAAUUUUUCUGUAUUUCUGUUGCUUUUGAAUUUUGAAUGGGCUUUACAGGGGCUAGACACCAAAUGAUAAAAUUGCAAGAUAUUUAAUUUUUUUUGUCAAAAACGUACCUUUAAUUGUCAUUCUUACUGAUGUAUAACAUUGCUUACGACACAUGUAUCUUUCACUGUUUUUGCGCAUUUUUUCCAAUUCAAAACUAACUACGGUUGUAAACCAUGUUAAUCCCAGUAAGUUUAAAAUAGCAUCACUACAAUUAUCUCCAUUGACAAUUCUAGGCUUGUUUUGAAAUGCGCUGAUAAUAUUUGCCGAUUGUUUGACCAUCUGGUGUCUAGCCCCUUUAAGCUGCCUUAAAUUUUACAUUAUUAUCCUUAUAAAAUCAAAACUGUUUUUAUGGUAAUCAAAGUGCAUUGAUCUUUGCAUACAUGUAUUAAGGACAUUUUGAAACAACAUGAUCUUAAUUGAUUUAUAUUUUCUGUAUGAUAUUGCAAAGUUUUUCAUAAGUUCAUUGUUCUUCGUUUUUUCAAAAUUAAUUAAAUGAAAACACACAGUGCUUCUGGUUUCAUACACAUAUUUAGAAUGGAUGUUCAUGUAAAUGCAUGUCUUAAAAAUAUAAAAAAUGCUCUUUUUGUAAACAUAUAUAUAUGUCAUAAGAAAUAUAGUUAAACAGAAUAAAGUUAUUAUACAAAAUGUAAUCAAAAUAAUAACCAGAUAUAUCCAUUAUUUUUUUCUAAUAGCUGUAUCAUAUUGUUGACCUUUUUACGCAGAUACUGUUUUAAGCCGCCAGGUUUAUACCAAAACAAAAUCACUACACGGCCAAUUAAUUUCCAGAUUCUAGCAUAGCGAUAUCACAUUCGGAACACCUCGGACAUUUUCCAUCGAAAACAACCUCGGAUGUUUAUGGAUGGUUUACAAUGUCAGAAAUCUUUACAUUUAACUACACUGCAAGUUGAUUGCGUAGUAAUUCGAAUUAAGCAAUUAAUAUUAAUGACUCUUUGGUAUCUUAAUUAUUUAUGCAAUUAUACACUUCACUGGCAAUCAUUUUAAACUUAGUAAUACAAAAUACACAUUAAAAUACUACAGCGAUUUUGUUUUUAAUAUUAAUUAUCACUAUUAUUUAAAUUUUACGAACUAUCUUUACUGUUAUACGGGCAUACAUUCGGGGUUGUUUUCAAAGAAAAGUGGCUGAGAUGUUCCAAAUGAGUGAUUUCAUUAUAAUUUUGAAUAAGGGUAAAAUUACUAAGUGUAAAACGAGGCGAAAAGUACAUUGAUUCAUUUUUUUCUUCAUUAAAAUGUAUAUAUUAUAAUAUAAAUACACAUAAUUCGUUUUUUUGUAUAAUCUGUAAAUAGAGUUAGGAAAUAUUUAAACAAAACAAUGUAAGUUUUUGACCUGAAACACAGAGAUUAUUUUGAUUAUUGCCUUUAUAUUGUAAUCUUUAUCUAAACUAAUACCUAAACACUGCUCUUGUUCCAUAAAAAAUGUACAUGUUUGUAACCACCAUUUCUUUUAUAAUUUUACAUUGUAUAGCAAUCUAAUGCAUUGCAAUCCAUUUGAAAGCUGUAGAUUAUUAAAACUGAACACAUAUGUUCAAUACAGGUUAUCAUCCAUGCAAACAGUUUCAUGUGUUAUGUAGGAAUGUUAAAGUUUAAUAAACUUUUAUCUGUUGUUUCGUUCGUUAAUCAACAUGUAUGUGCUAUUAUAUAUUUGCCAGUUGAUUUUCAUAAUGGUUGUACAUAUUAGAGCUUUUACUUAUUGUACUUACAUGUUCUUUCAUAUUUCAAUUUGUAUGUUAAUAAAGUUUUCUGAAACAAU